AUGGAUGAUAUUGAUCCUCGUGAAAUUACAAAACUGAAAAGAAGGAGAGGUGUCGUACGUGCCUCUAUAACUAGAAUUCGAACUAAAACUCGAGAAUUAGAAGGAACUGAAUCUCCAAACCAGGGAGAUGCUGCUAAACACAUUGCAGAAAAACUAGACUCUCUAGAUACAGACUUCAGACGUCUCCAUCUUGAGCUAGUAGAUCUCUUAGACGAUGAUGAACUCUUGUCAAAUGAACAAGACAUUUUAGAUGAAGUUGAUGACAACAUCAUCGAUUUGAAGAUGCGUUUACUGCCUAUAAUGAAAUUGACUACCAACUUGAAAAGUGAACGUGGACUGGUAUCCCGGAAACUUGCCCACUUCCAUGGAGCCUUGCGCUCAAUUGAUGAAGCUAUCUCCAGCUUAGACUCACCUGAUAAGCAUGUACUAAUACAGCAUAAGGAGCAAUUGAUUGACACAAAGAGAAAUCUUCGUGGUAUUCAUGACAAUCUAAUGGCAUUAGAUCUAGCAGAAGAAGAUGAGCUCCUUAGAAUGCACUCAGAUCUAGAAAGACUGCAUUUUGAUUGUUCCGUUAAACUGAAGAUGCUAGUUAGCGAAUCUGUAUCUGAUAUUGAUAGUACAGAAAGCAAAGGCAUACGUCUCCCUAAACUAGAUGUCCCAGUUUUCGAUGGAAAUAUUCUAAACUGGCGUAGAUUUUGGGAAAAGUUUUCCGUGUCAAUUCACGAACGUUCUAGCUUGGCGGACUCUGAAAAGCUGGUUUACCUACAGCAUGCUCUUAAGGAUGGUUCGGCAAAGGGUGUGAUUGAAGGAUUGUCCCAAUCGGGGGAGAAUUAUGCAGAAGCAGUCGACUGCCUGCGAUCUCGAUACAAUAGACCACGCCUCAUACACCAAACUCAUGUAAAAAUGAUCUUUGAAGCUCCUGCUCUCAAAGAGGGUACAGGCAAGGAAUUGCGUAAACUUCAUGACACUGUUUAA